CGAGUAUGACAGCACUCGCCAGUCAGCCGGUCAUUCCACGGCACGGCACGGCAGACACACCACAGCACAACGUCCGAAAACGGCCACAACACGUGUAUGUGUAUGUAAGCAGGCAUAUGUACACGCGAAGGAUAGCAAGCGUACACACAUCCUGUCAGUCAUGCAAAAAGUGUGUGUAUGCAUGCACUUAGCGAACCACAUCAAGCAACCGACCCUCUCCCUCCCUCUAGUGCUACAACAGUCAUCUCUCGCAGAGUAGAUGGAUACCGGACUGUCUGUCUGCCUGUCUGUCUGUCUGUCUGCGCGUCGGAGUGUCUGCCUGUCUGUGUCGGUGCGUCAGGCCUGAGGUGGCGCGAGCUCGACCACCUUGACGCGCGGGUUGCCACCAUACUUGCCUGCAUAACGCCACACACACAAAUCGAUGCAUUUGUCGUCUCUCUCUCCCUCUCUCUCUCUAAGUGUGUGUGUGUCUGUAGGUGUCUGUGUGCCGACCGAUGACGUGUUGUUUGAUUUCGUAGUGCGGUGUGAAGAAGAACCACUGCUUCUGCGGAUUGGCCAUGGCCAGCUCAAACAGCAAAUCCAUGCUGGGAGGUAGACCACACACAUCAACACACCACACACGCACCAUAUCAAUGCAGUCGUCUCUGUGUGUCAUUGUUCAAAGCUCACUGACUUGCGUAUGCGAUUGACUUCGUCCAUGUAGACGUCGGGCUCGUCGAACAGGUGCACUGGGAAGUCCUCCAGCUGCGCAAACGCCAUCAACAAUGCACACUGAACCUAUAGAACGCACAUACACACACAGGCAGAUGGUGUCGUGCUGUGCGGCUGAUGUCCCAUUGCCCCAUCCACCGAUCCGCUCACCGUGCUCUUCUCCCCCCCGCUAAGGCUUUUGAGGUCUUUGGUGACCAGCUGCUUGUCCCGCUGGACACUCUGGCUGCCCACAUCCUGCGUGUUGACCACCUCAACGUCUAUCGAAUACGUCUCCGACAACACUGCCGAUUCGUCACGCUCACGGUCACGGCUGUUGUCGCGCCGGGCCUGCUGUCGUCUGCGGUUGUUACUGCGGCCGCCCUCUUCCUGGUCGCUGUCGGCAUCGUGGUCCUGCUCGCCUCUCUGCCGCGGCUUGUGACGACGGAAACCCAGAUUGCCUGCACACAGGGGUGGUAAGGGGCGUGUUGUGUGUUGGGGGAGAGGGAGGGGUCAAAUGGGGCGUGGGGCUGGUCAGCUACCUUGCCAGUUGAUGGUGUUAGCGCAGCACUGCUGGAAAGUCUUCUUCAUUUUGGCGCGCUGGGCUUGCUCGGCCUCCAACACCUUCUCGGACCGCCUCAAGUAGUUCUCCUGCGCACACACACACACACACACACUCGUUCAUGUCACACCCACUAUGGUGCGGGCAUCCGUCGAUUGUGGUGUGGGCAUUGGUUGACCUUGGCUUUCUUCUCGACGGCUUCGAUUCCGUUGACGCGGGCCUCGAUGUCCUUGAGCCGCCGCUCCGCCUCGGCCGCCUCGCGCUCAGCUUGCUGCACCCACCACACACACACAAGCAAGGCAAGAAGUGGUGAGCAGAGGAGAUGUGUGUUGUCGCGUUGUGCUGGUAGGUACCUCGGGAGUUUUGCCCUGCUGUUUCUCCAUCUUUUCGAUGUAGAGCUUGAGCUUACGCGCCUCCUUCUUGUACGCCUGACGCACCACACACCACACACACAAGACUAUCAUCUGUACUGGACCCCCCUGCACCCCCUCUCCCCAGGCACCUCAGCGGUCAUGGUGACGUCUUCCGGUGGGUCGCCCAUCUCUUCGGCCUCGGCAUUGAGCCGCUCCCGCUUGACGGUGAUGUUGUGCUGGAUGGUCUCCUGGUCGCGCUUGGCGUCCUCGGUCCGCUUCGACACCUUCUGCUGCGCUUCGGACAGCUGUGUGUGCUCCGUCUCAAGCUCGGCCUUUCGCUGCCACACACACAGACACGUGUGACAGAUCGUUUUGGUUCUUUUGUGGAGCGUGGGUGUGUGUGGGUUAGGUACGUUGUGCGCGGGUCUGAGGUGCUGUUCAGCCCAUGUCUUUGCCUCGGUCUGUUUGGCGGUGAAUGCCUGCUCGUGGCGGCCCUUGUCCUGCUGGAUGGUCGAAAGCUCCCCCUGGGCCUUGGUCACGUGCUCCUGCACACGCGACGCACGUAUUGAGAAGUGCAUGGCAUGCAGCAACACGCACGCAUCAUGGCCAUCACAGGGACAGGAGCCGGUGUGUGUCUGUUGUGGUUUGUAGGCACCUGCAGGUUCUUGAUGCUUGUGUCCAGCUGCUCAAGAUUGGCGUCGAUGCUGCUCGUGUCAACCUGCACACGCACGCACACACACAAACAAGAAGGUGGAUGGGUGAGUGAGUUAGUGCACUCCUUCCGUGUGUGUCUCACCUACCUCCCGCUGCGCGUCGAUCUGCACGUGGUCGAGCUUCUCGUUGAGCUUCACCUCCUGCGCAAGGGCCUUCUCACGCUGGCUGUUGAGCUGCCGGAUGUUGCUCUCAGAUUGCUGCACAACAUACAGACACCCACACACGCACGGACGCACAGACAGGGAGGGAGGGAGGGAGGGGAAGUGGUGCAGGUCGCCACUGUCAUGUGAGGUGCCUGCCACAUGCUGCGAAGAGCCCACCUGACCUGUCUGGCUUGUCUGAUCUGUUGCUCCUGGUUGGCGAUGCGCUGCACAUCGGCGCGGGCCUGACCGUGCUCCUGAGCGCAGCGGGCGUCCUCGGCCUGGGCAGCCUGGCAGCACACAAGACACAGACAGACAGACAGACACGGACACGGACGGGGUGGGAAGGCAGGACCGAUUGCGAUUGCGUGUGGGUGUGCGUACGUGCCUGAAUCUGUGCGGUUUUGUCGAUGUCCUCGUUGAUGUACUCCAGGGCCAGCCGGCGCUCGCUGCCAGCCAUCCGAGGGUACAUCACACCUGCACACACACAUGCAACUCAUGACACACACGUAGGCCUCCAUCCUUGGUGUGCACACACAGCUCCGUCCAGACAUACCGAAUCCGCCGGUUCCGCCGUAGUUGCGGCGGCCGAAGGAGAAGCUCGCCAACUCGUACACCUGAGUGAUCUUCCCUAUGCUGACAAAGUUGGCACAGAGGAGGGAGGGAGGGAGGGAGAGGGAAACACCCACACCCGUCAUCCACCUCGGUCGCCUUGGUGCCAUUGAUUGCCCACGCCAACCCCCCCACCUAUUGUCAUGCAGGAUUUGGUUCUGUGUGUCGCGGUCUCGUGUGAUGAUGGUCGUCACGGCCCCCUUGUCGGCCAUGUGGUUGAGCACUACCGGAGGCAUCUUGCCCUUGUCCAGACACCGCCACACACUCAGCAGCUGACCCGCAAUGCCCCCGUCGUCACGGCUGACGUCAUACACACCGCCGCGGAAGCGCGACACACGCUGAAUCUGCAUAACACACACACACAGAGAGAGGGGCAAGGAUGCACACAGGCAUUCAGGCGUGGCCUAGGGUGGGUUGCUGUGUACCUGAAAUGCCGGCAGCUGCCCGGCUCGCUGUGGGCGACCGAAGGCCUCUCGAGGCAGCCCACAGUCCAUCAGGAUUUGCUGACACCAACACACACACACACACACAUGCCAGCAGGAAGGCAUGCCAGCCCCGCCCCUCCCUUCCUCCGUAUGUGUGUCGAUCUCACCUUGAGUGAGUUCUCCUGGUCCUUGGACAGCGAGGGCACGAUGAACGUGGUGAGGCUGUUUCUGAAGAUCUUCUCUAUCAAACACAUGACGGCCAUCCGCUCCGCCUCAGUGCCCCCCAGCCCGUCGUGCUGCCGCAGCUGGUCCCUGCCUGCGACGCUGAUGAAAUACCCCACCGGCCCCACCGGCACCCCAUCCGGGAAGAGGUGGCUACGCUCCUGCAACACCCUCUGAACACGCUCCACCUACGACACGCCCACACACAUACACACGAGGUGAAGGUGGUUUGGGUGGUUUGCGUCCGUCCAUACGUCGUAGCCGUAAGUGGCUUUGAGUCUGUUGGGUCUGUUGUGCUGCUGCCCCUGCCCCUGCAGCGCCGCGAGCUUCCGUUUCGCGUCGGCGGCCGCUGCCUGGGCCUCGCUCUCCCGCUCACGCGCCACACGCAUCUCACGACUGAGCGAUUCCGCCUCCUUCUGACGGGCCUCGGCUGCCGCAUGAGUGUCCUGACAGACAGCGAAUACAUCCAUCCGUCCAUCCAACCGUGUGUAGAGUGGUGUGAGUGAGUGCACGUUUGUAUGGUGUGGUAUCUGUGUGUACCGCCAGCUGCUUGGAGGCAGUUUCCUGCUGCUUGGUGAGCUGGGCCAGCUUCUGCAGUCAGUGGUGGAAACACACACACAUACAUACACACACGGAUGGAUGGAUGGAGGCGUGUGGGAGGAUGUGACAUGUGGUGUGGGUCACUCCCUCCCCUCCCCCUCUCUCUGUAUGUCAAUCGGCUCGCUGACCUCCUUGAUGGCUUUGAUCUGCUGGUCCACCUCCUCCGUUCUGUCGCGCAACAGACCCGCUCGCUGACAGACAGACAGACAGACAGACACCAAUCUCGUCAGUCAAUUGUCAUCCCAUGCAUCGACCCAUCCCAUCCAUGUGUGUGUGUGGUUGGCUGCCUGUGUGUCGAGUUGUUGUUUGUCGUGUCGCCUGUUGGCCAGCUGGGUCCGCAGCUGCUGCACCUCGGCCUGCUUCUCCUCCUUGGCAUGCUUGGCGCUCUCUACCUUCUCCCUCAGCGCCUGCAUCUCCUUCCGGUAGGUGUUCUUCUGCUCACUCAGCCCGCGCAACUCCUACACACACAUAGAUACAUCUAUGUGUGUGUGUGUCUUGGUGUGGUGUGGUGUAGUGGGGUGCAGUGAGUGAGUGAAUUACGUCAGUGGCCUUCUGCAGGGCUUCCUCGCACUCCUUGAGGCGUGUGUUGACGUCGUCGGCCUCCUCCUGGCGGCUCUCCUCGUCGGCUACCAUCUUCUGAAAGGCCGCCUCCUCACUCUCAAGCGCCUUCUGCUCGUGAUACAGCUUCGCAUACGGCACCAUCGCCUCCAGCCUGCACGCCACACACACACACACACACACACACAGAGGGAGGGGAGUGUGUGUCUUUGGUGUGUGUGUGUGUGUCUGGUGUGGCUGGUGGGUCACCGCAGUUGGUCAGAGAUCUUGUCUUUGAGCUGUCGCAUGUUAGUGGCUAUCUUGUUCUUGUGCUUGAGCUCACGCUGCGCCUCUGUGCGCUCCUCCUACACACACACACACAUCCACACACAUCCACACAGACAUGGAGGGACCAUUGCCGUGCGGUGUGUUGUGUUGUGGUUACGAUGCUGCUGCUGAGUUUGUGCUGCGUCUGUUCGUGUUCCUUCUUUUCCUUCUUGAGCUCCUCGAAGCACACGCUGAGGCCAGUGGUGCGCACAAACAUGUCAUACAGCUGAGACACACACACAGACACACACACACAGAAGGAAGGAAACAGUCAGUCAGGUGCAGAGGAGUGGUGGUGGGAGGGGAAUGUGACCUCGAUCCCUGAGGUAUCCUUGAGUAGCGUCUUCGACCGUGCUUGAUGCAGGAAGACGAUGGGAUUGUCGAGCUGAGAGAUCACACAGACAGACAGACAGACAGACAGGCCAACAGGCAGCACGCAUCGAUCCUGCGCGCACAACCGUUGUGUGUGUGUGUGUGUGAGUGAGUCCGUACGUUGAGCUUGAGUGCGUCGCGGAGGGCCUCGAAGUCCUUGUGCUUGUCGCCCGUGGCGCCGCCAGAGCCCUUCAGAAUGUACUUGCUGCGCCCGCUCCUCCAGAUCUCCCUGGGCGCAUGCCGUUCCACACACACGAGAGAUAUGUGUGGUGCGGUGCGCUGCCGUCUGUUGGCCUGGCGUGGCCACGCUCCCCACCCCCCCAAGCCACCACGUACCGCUUGAGUUCGAUCUCAUCGCCCAUGUCGUCAGGUUUGUAUGCCUCAGGUCCGCGGUUGGUGAGUGUGAGGGUGACGACGGCCUUGGAUGGGCCGUUGGCAUCCAUGUCACGGAUGUACUUUUUGAUGGUCUGCCCACGCCCCGCAUUUUGGCCUUGCAGACCCACCACCAGAGCUAUCGCAGACGUCAAAGCACUCUUGCCAGCUGCACACACAACACAACACAAUACUGGCGGCGCAUGUAGGAGAUCUUGUGUGUUUCUUCCCUCACAGCCAUUGGGUCCGACGAUGAGGUUGAUGGAACUGCAAACACACACACACACACACACCACACGCACACACACGUGCACGCCGCGCAUGUGCGCGGCGUGCAUGUGUGCCGGGUGUGCAGCGUGGCUGUGCGACUGACUGACCUGGCCGGGUCGAAGGCCACCCGUUCGUGGUUCAUGAAGUUCUGGAGCUCCAGUCGCUUGAUCUUGCCGGCGUACUCCCACCCCCCGUCGUCCGCGUCGUCCAUCUCAACGUCACCCAUCCGUGUCGAAACGUAC